AUGGGAACACCGCUGUCCGCCUUACCAGCGCGUGGUCAGUUACCUUCAUUUGACGCUGAGAAGAAGCGGAUACGGGAUUUGUCGAGAUAUUACAGUGCUAUUCGCCAGCCUUCAACAUCCCCAAACGCAACUCCAUCGCCUCAGUUAGACGGGGAUAGGAAGCGGACCCCGUCACUUUCCCAAGAUAUCAUCCUUACUGCCCUAGUACAGCUGGGCGUCUACCGUUUCGGAUGUAACCGUGCAUUUGUCUCUCUGAUCGAUGGCCAAAACCAACAUAUUAUAUCCGAGGCGACGGCUUCGAUCUCUUUACGAGACAGCAAAAAGCAUCUACCGAACGAUGGAAUAUACCUAGGCGUUACGACACUGGACCUAGUGUUUGGCGUUUGUCCACAUGCAAUGAAAUUGUUCACCGGUCAGCAUGUUCCUCAAUUGCAAAACACGGCCAAUGUGACAGCGAAUCCUACUCGUUUUAUCGUUCGUGACUUCACCCUCGAAAAUAACUUCAAGGAUAAGCCGUAUGUGGUUGGAUGGCCUUUCUUUCGUUUCUAUGCGGAGGUUCCUGUGUAUAGUCCUGCCGGUUAUGUAUUGGGUAGCUUCUGUGUAGUUGAUGACAAGCCGCGACAGAAUUUCAGUGAUGCCGAUGUUGUCGCGCUUCAAGAAAUCUCGGAUUCAAUCUCGCGCCAUCUGGAGAAUGUCAGAAUGGUACAUUACCAUGCGCGUUCUGAUCGACUAGUGCAAGGAUUGACGGACUUUGUGAAAGGUCAUCCGGAUGAUGAACCAUCAUCGAAUGUGCAACAAAGCAUCUCACCGUUGACGCGCUUACCAAAUCUGUCAAAAAAAUCAUCAUUAGACGACUUGCAUCCGAAUAUGAUGGAAUACUUAUCUUUAUCAAGCACGGUGACUGACGAGACUUCACCAUUGGUAUCGAGGCAGGACUCUUCAAAUUUCACAGCGAGUACUUCUAUCUCCUCUCCGCUGCACAUGACUGCCAUCUCCCAGCCUAGCAUCGAUGAUUUCACCAAAGAUAGAACUACAAAACCAUCUGUGAAUCGCAAGCAAUCUGUCGUGGGUACAACCGCUGCAGGCGCUACCUCUGUUGCCGUUAAGGAAGACGUACCUAUUUCAAGGCGCAUCGAAGCCAUAUUUUCUCAUGCGUGUACCUUGCUAAAAGCAUCCAUGGAUUUAGAUGAUGUGUUAUUUCUUGACGCCUGCCAUUGCAACUCUGGGAUUGGCCCUUCCCUAGAGUCAACAGAUUGGGAGCCUUUUCCAACGACGGUCGACACUGAUAAUGCAAGCAAUUCUCCUCCCAAUACAAAAGACGCAUUGUGCAAAGUUCUCAGUUCUCCGUUGCCCAAAUUCGGCCACGCUACCACUCAAGAUGACACCACCAUCUACUCAAUAACGGAAUCGUUCCUUCAACAUUUGAUCACCAAAUACCCUCGGGGAAAAGUGUUCGAUUUAGACGGCAUUUUACCUUCUUCCCCUGAUGAACCAGUGGACGCAGAUCAUGAGGCAACCUCUCAUAUACGCGCACGAGCAUUCUGGGGUAGCCCGGAGUCGCAUAAAAGCGAUCCAAGUGAUGUCGCAGAAACGGCAGCACGGUUGUUAAGCUACUUCCCAGAAGCUAAAUCCGUGAUUUUCCUUCCCUUGUGGGACUGGAAUAAAGGCCAGUGGCUGGCAGGUACUCUCAUCUGGUCUCGCGAUAGCGAGCGACCUCUAGAGUUGGAAGAAUUUAACUACUUCAAAGUGUUCGGAGACACAAUAAUUUCAGAAGUUGCAAGAGUGACGACUUUUGAACAAGAAAAGUCAAAGUCCGGUUUUAUCUCGUCCGUCAGUCACGAGCUUCGCUCUCCUCUGCAUGGAAUGCUGGCUAGUGCCGAGUUGCUACUUGGGACUCCCUUACAGCCUGAACAGCAUGAUCUAGUUAAGAUGCUAGAGACGUGUGGACUUACUCUUCUGGACACGAUGAAUCAUUUGUUGGACUUCACAAAAAUCAACAAUUUGACAAAAGCUGAUUCAGAGAAUGAUUCACAUCACUCUACGGCUAAUUUAGUCGGAACAUUUGACCUCGGCGUCCUACUGGAGGAAGUUGUCAACGCCCUGUACCUCGAGAAGCAUGCUGCUUCUGUUUCACGUAACAUUGCUUCUUCACCUACCGAAGCCAUGCAAUUAGGGGAUAAGAGCAAUGGCAAUCUUUCAGUUGUUCUCCGCAUUACCGAACAAGAUGCUUGGAAGUUGCAAUCUGUCUCCGGCGCCUGGAGGCGAAUUAUCAUGAAUAUCUUUGGCAACGCACUCAAACAUACAGAAGCUGGUUUCAUCGAAGUCUCGCUGCGUAAGCUCAGGAAGGAGUCUCAAGGCACUAGCGAAGUCGCUCACUUGUCAAUCGUCGAUACUGGACACGGAAUGUCAGCUGAUUUUCUAAGGAACAAAUUGUUCUCGCCCUUUGCACAGGAGGACUCGCUUUCGGAAGGAGUUGGACUGGGUAUGAGCAUUGUGCAGCAACUAGUCGGUCUCAUGAAAGGCACAAUUGAUGUGAAAAGUGAACGCGACAUUGGGACGCAGGUGGAUGUCUUCAUUCCCAUCCACCCUGCGCCGAACGCAUCCCUGCUUUCUCUGUCGCAAACUCCUGUCCCUGAUGGAGCGAAAUUGAUCAAAUUUUGCCUCAUAGGGUUCAAUGGAUAUUCUGAGCUGACAGAAGUGCCAACAGGCAGUUUGAGUCGGGAAGCGAAACGUAGGCUCUGUAUUCAGAGCCUUUUCGCUCAUGUAAUCACCCACCGCUCCGGUUGGAGUGUGUCAUUUGCCGAAACUUUCAGCAGCGCGCGUGGAGAUGUCGCUAUUGUGGAAGAGGAAACUUUAGACAAGAUGAUUCGGGAGAAGCCAUCACGGUCAAUUGAUACAUUUGGCUUUAAUCGACUGAUAGUCCUAGGCGACAUAAUGCCAUCUUCGGCCGUUCUCGACCUCAAAAACAGAGGAGAAAUCGUUUCUAUACAUCCACCUUUCUACCCUCGCAAAAUUCUCGAGGCCUUGAACUGGACUUUGGAGGCCAACGAAACCACGAAACAACCAGUGCAUGACUCUUUACGGGUACCACGAAACCAGACAGCUAUAGAUGCACAGAUUUCGGAAUCUCCGACGCCGGUUCAUGAACGACUGACUCCCUUAGUAACCGAGGGUUCCCCAGUGUCGAAGUUCCGAAAUGUGUCCAAGCAAAAUAACAAUCUACAUGUGCUUAUCGUAGAUGAUAAUGAGAUAAAUCUCAAGGUUCUGUCUGCAUAUAUCCGCAAACUGGGUCACACUUACGAGACAGCCACGAAUGGUUUGAUAGCCUUAAAUAAGUAUAAGGAGAGUCCAAGGUCAUUCGGGCUUGUGCUUAUGGUAUUGGACGGCAUAGCUGCGACUAGAAAGAUUAGAGCCUUUGAGAGACAGCAGGAAUUUCGUCCGGUCACGGUCCUUGCGGUUACAGGAGUUGCGUCGGCCACAAUGCAACAGCAGGCUUUGUCUGCCGGGGUCGACAACUAUCUGAUUAAGCCCCUCUCGUUGCAGCAACUCAAACAAGUUAUAGCGAAUACUGCAUGA